GGGAGCUCGCCCUGCUCGGGCUCCCCUGGCUGCUCGGUGCUGUCACUGAGCUCUGCGAGCGGUGGAGGCAGCUUUCCUCAAGCCUGGAAUGUCCCUGCCAUCCCCUGCAGGGAUCCAGGGCACGGCGGGCACCCCGAGGCCGAGCAGCAGGAGGAGGAGGAGGAGGAAGAGCCUCGCCAUCGCUUAUGAAGCGGGACAGGGCGAUGGGGCCGAGCCCCGGGGAGAGAGCUGGGAGCCGCCGGCCUGGCGUGAGCAGCUGGAGCGCAUCCGGGAGAUGAGGAGCAGCAGGGAUGCUCCCGUGGAUGAGAUGGGAGUGCACAAGUGCUACGACAUCAGCGCACCUCCGCAGGUCAUGCGCUACCAGGUGCUGCUGGCCCUGAUGCUGUCCAGCCAGACCAAGGACCAGGUGACGAGCGCUGCCAUGCUGCGCCUGCGCCAGCGCGGCCUCACCGUGGACAGCGUGCUGCAGAUGGAUGAUGAGAGCCUGGGACAGAUCAUUUAUCCCGUGGGAUUCUGGAGGAACAAGGUGAAGUACAUCAAGCAGACCACAGCCAUCCUGAAGCAGAAGUACGGGGGUGACAUCCCCAGCACUGUGGAGGAGCUGGUGCAGCUGCCAGGAGUUGGGCCCAAAAUGGCCCAUUUGGCCAUGCACAUUGCCUGGGACAGCGUGGCUGGGAUAGCUGUGGACACCCACGUGCACAGGAUCUCAAACAGGCUCAAGUGGGUGAAGAAGGAGACCAAGUACCCCGAGGAGACUCGGGUGGCACUGGAGGAGUGGCUGCCCAGGGACCUCUGGAAGGAGAUCAACUGGCUUCUGGUGGGCUUUGGGCAGCAGACCUGCCUGCCUGUGAACCCUCGCUGCAGCCAGUGCCUCAACCAAGACAUCUGCCCAGCUGCCAAGAGACCCUGAGGGACCAUCCAGCCUUUGGAGAGCCACCAAGCUGCUUGGGCUGAGUCCUGCUAAAGCUGGGCCUGGCACAGGGCUGGCAGUGUGACUGCAGGGGACAGGAGCCUGCUGCAGCAGCCCCAGGGAGCAGCCACUGGCAAUGGCUCAGCUCUCCAGAGGAAAAAGGGGCUUUGAGAGGCAGCAAUCCUGCUGGGACAGAGCUGAAGGCUCCAGCCUGGUGAAUGGCUGAGCAUGUGCCAGCUGUGCCACACUGAGUCACUGGAGAGGAAAGCUUUGUGCUCAGGGACUUGCUGCUGCUUGUAAAUACUCGUUUAAUAAAGGUGGUGAGGGGUUUUUUUUGCACCCAGGAGCUUUGCUGGCCUUUGUGUGACACUGGCUGAGGGGAGAACGUGGGUGACCUCAGCAAGGCUGAACCGUGGCAGCCUUCCCAGCUCUGGCACACAAGCAGCUGUGCUACCAGCAGGACAAGAGCUGUGCCAGGGGGCAUCCAGGGUGGACAGCAGGAUUUCCAUUUCUUCAUGGAAAAGGUUGUUAAACACUGGAAGGGGCUGCCCAGGGAGGUGCUGGAGUUCCCAGCCCUGGAGGUAACACUCGGUGCUCUGGGCUGGGGAUGGGACACAGGUUGAACUCGAUGAUCCUGGAGAUCUUUUCCAACCUUGGUGAUCCCGGGAUUCUGAGGUGCAGCUGAAGCUUUUCCAAGGCAGGAGCAGAGGGAAUCACUGCCUGGAUGAGUGGAUGAGGACCUGGAUGAGGGUCCUGGCAGCAGGGCAGGAGCUGAGCCAGUGCCACUGCGUGUUCGUGCCACAAGGGUUACAGCAGCCACCCCCAGGAGCUGACAGAGGGACAGCACCACCCCUGGUUUUGUUCUUCAAAGAAAGGGCAGUGCUGACUUCAUUGUGGAGCUUCAAAGGAGUAAUUCCAGCUCCUCUUUAAAGAGGCGAGGGAGGAAGCAAAGUUUACAAUGUGCUAAAGGGCUGCAGUUCCGCUCUGGGCUCCCUGAGCAGCUGAGGAAGGAGCAGAUAAGGGCUGGGUACAUGGCAAACCAAGUUUAUUACUGACAUUACCGUGUACAUGGUGGGUUUGCAAUGCUGCUGCCAGCCUUAGACUUUAUUGAUUUCUUUCUUUUCCAAGUUAAAUGUACAGGAACUGAAUAAUUACUACUGAGCUACAAGAUGUCAGGAAUGCAGUAAUGCUUCAACCAGGAGCAGUUUCCACGGACUAAGAGAUUAAAAUUUUCAAUCUUACCAACACGGAUUUGCACACCUGAUUUCUUUUGAUCUACAUUCAACACUACACAAGGUUGUUUUUUUUUUCUCUUACUCCCCCCUUUAAGUACAGCAGUCCUGGAUGAGAACUGGGGUGUUGUCACCAGGUCUGUGCUCUCUGCCGUGUCCUGGGAACGCUCUGCCCUCCACAGCCCAGCGCUGCCGGGGUUUGGCAACACGGGCACGGGAAGCAACGUGCACACCAUGGAAAAGAGCUCCUUCCAAACAUUACCCAGAGAGAGAAGACAGUAUUUUGGGGGCCAGAAAGAGAGCAGGAAUUUGAAGUGGGAGGGGGAAGAGGUGUCUUGUUAAUGGCAGAGCCCCGAGGGGAGGCAGCCUCUCCACAUCCCCCAUCACCCCAGCGCCUGUCUCGUCACCCACAGCCAAACACCUGCACCUGUUCCUCUCCAAAGUCAUUAUUUUCAACCUGUUCAGCCCAUCGACAAUCCUAGAAGAUAACUUUCCUAAAGAGAACUCAUCUCCUUCACCCCUGAGGCUCUCCACACUCUCCUGCCAGCAGCAUAAGGCCACGGGCUCCAGCUGCUCCCCAGGGAAGCCAAACACCCUGUGCUGAGCCCCAGCCUGCUGCUGAGGAGAGCAGAGAAUGGUAUAAGGCACCUUUUAGCUCCAAAAUGUGGAAAUACCUUAGGAAAUCCGUGCAGAGCCGUUCCCACAUCCAUAGCACACUGACCACGCGAGGGUUUUAUCCCAGCAGGACACAGCCACAGCUCUGUGGUCACACCAUCCACGGCCAGGGGACUGGGAAAAGUGGCUUUGUACUCCCAGUCCCUUCCCACAGCCAGGCUGGGAUUGCUGCUGGGGUGUGGGAGGGAGUGGGACAGCCCCAGCCCCUGCCCUGCUAACUCAGCUCUGCUACCUGGGAGCGCUGCAGCUCAGCUGAGUCACCUUCACUCACACAGCCAAAGGCAACAAUAAAGAGCUUACACGGACUUAAUCUGUAAUGCUUUAAAGAUACACUCAAUGCCCAGAGUGGGGCUUUGGAGGAGGCCACAGGAAGUCAAAGGUGCUGCCCACUCCAUCACACCAGUGCCUGCUCCAUCUCCAGCCCCACGGUUUCAGAGGAUGUCCUUCCAACGGUGACACUCCCGGCUGGGGCCACCAAAUCCCAGCCCAGGUGGGACCUGGACCAGCCCCACUCCCCAGCACCGAGCCUCAGUUAGAGCUGCUCCCUCCUGGAAGCAGAUGUUGGGUGAUCCCCGCUGCCAGGUCUGUCCAAGGAGUUUUUGUAGCAUCUCGUGGUUCUCAUCUUCGUGCUCCGUGGGGCAGGACUGGCCCCUCUCCCUCCUCCCCUGCCACAUCCACGGCUGCAGGCAGGGAGAGCUGUGCCCUUUGGCUUUGGGGUUUGCUUUUAAACCCCACCCUCUCCCUUCUGCACAGCUGUUUGGGGUGGAAAAUGGGCUUUUACUGCCUGGGCAGGAGCUGCUGCUGGGGGGAGGUUCCUAAACUAACUGGAAACACAUGGGACUUCAAUAAAAUAAAAAAAAAA